UCACGUGUACGCUCUGUCUUGAUCGAGAUGGACUUCUCUUCAACCCACGCCGCUCUCCGGAGCCUCAAGAGGAGGCCCACAACAUCGGAUGCGCUGAAGAACCUCGCUGAGAAACUGGAGGGCCCCUUUGCUGGGGACGGCAAGGGCUUGGGAGACGACACUCAAGAUGUCGAGCAAGACGUGCUGGAACUGCUUGGCACCGAGGAGUGGGAGGGAGUGUCCGUUGGCUUCCUCCUUGCGAAGAGCUUGGUGGACAACAAGGGUCAAGCCCUCAGCCCUUCGUUUCUUCGCUCGCUCCUGGCGCACUGCGACCAACAUCUCGAGCACGCCGAGCCGCGGGUCCGCUCGCUCGUGGCCAGCACCCUCGGAGCUCUCACGAGAGCGGACGAUGAGUCGUCGUCAGGCUGCACUGGGCUCGCGGCGUACGAGUUCUUUAGGAAGAGGUUGUCGGGGGCCAUCAGCAAGAACUUCGAAAGGACGACGGAGACCAUAACCGACGUGAUCAGCGGGGCGGAAAACGUUGCCGUGGAUGACACGUCCGGCUGGAAGGCGCUCGAGACCAGCUUCCUGGCACUCAAGGAGUUCGUUGAUGCCGUGGGCAGGCCUUUCAUUGACGGCGGGCAUCUAAACGACGAAACGGUGGGGUACAUCGUGUCGGGAGCGACGGUGCACAUCAACAGACACGUCCGUGAAGCUUCGUACCAGAUCAUCAGGAGUAUCUUGGAUGCCUGUGGCACGCUAAGCGGGUCGAACGCUCCGCAGCAAGGCGACAAGCUGGCCCACACGUUUGCGGAGGCGUGCGCGGUCGGCAUGCAAGACAACUGGAGUCAGGUUCGCUACGCGGCGUCGGUGGCCAACCGCUCACUCCUGAAGGCUCUCUCCCCCGCAGACAGGGAACAGUUCUACCCCCGCCUUCUGCCGCGCAUGUGCCUCAACCGCUACUACCUUGCGGACGGGGUGAAGUUGUUCUCCCAGGAGACCUGGCGCAUGUUCAUGGGCGAGGAGGGGCGCGAGAUGGUGGGCAAGUACGCCCAAGACGUGACAGACUACUACUGCAUGGCCAGCGAGCUGGACAACCACUGCGUACGCGAGUCGGCGUGCCACAGCAUCGCAGAGAUGGCGGAAAAGGUGGCACCCCAAUACCUGGCCACGCACGUAGAUCGCCUCCUGAAGGCCCUCUUGGUGUGCUUUUUCGACGAGAGCUGGCCGGUCAGAGACGCGGCCUGCGUCGCCAGUGGGCGGUUUGCGGGAGCCUACCCUGAAGAGUGCCGCCCCAGCCUGGAAAAGCUCUAUGAGAGGUGGUUCCGGCACGUGGGCGACCCCAUCUGGUCUGUGCGGGAUGACAGUGCCACCGCUCUGGGCGCGGUGUGUAAGGCCUACGGCGAGGAGGCGUACGACAAGGUCUCUGCGUGGGUGACGGAGAACCUUCCGAGGGCGAAACAACAGGGGGCCGAGAGCGCGGAGCAGCACAGACGCAAGCACAACGACGCGAAGGCGCACACCGGCAACCAAGUCUUCUCGUGCGGCUCGUUGGCGCCCAAGCUGAGAAAGGGCGGUUGCUCCGACUGCCAGGUCACGCGGCCUAGCGAACCUUGGGAGUUCAGCGACGGUGCUGUGUACCUCGUUCGAGAGCUGUGCUUUGCCAACCCGGAGGUGGGCGUGACGUUCUUCGAAGAACUUGCGGACGUGGCGAGGUUGACCCACUUUGUGCAGGCAGACUGCCUGAGGGAGACCAUCUGGAAGCAGUUGCCGGCCAUGGGUGAGGCUGUCGGCAAGAACGUCUUCAAGCGCCACCUGGACGUGUUUCUCAAGCCGCUCUUCGACACACUCUCCCGCAUCACCACCAGCCAGCUAGCUCGCCACGCGGCGGCGUCUUGCGUCCGACAAUUGAGCAAGUUUAUCGGCCCGUCCAUCUUCAGGGGGCGCCUCACGGAUUCUCAGCGCGAGAUAAUGGAUGCCGAAGUUCAACUUGGUGGGCCUCCCGGUCCGUCUGCCGGUCUGAUGGGCAUGACCAAAGCGCCAUGGGCGACCAUGGCGUCUUGAUCCUGCCUUAGUUUGAACCGCGGUAGUAAUGAGUCGAAACAUGUCUUGCUGAGGCAGUUGGUUAUCGUAGGGUCGGUGCCUCCGCUAGUAAAACUAAUUGCCUGUUGUUGUGACCGGGUUGGUAGUGUCAUGUAGGAGUAGACCAGGUAGGCGCGUAUGCGAUCUUUGUCAAAUUUGUCGAAAAAUAUGGUCGUACCUAGCGGUUCGACGCUGCUGUGGCGGUUAAACCCUUUGAUUGU